CACCCUUUCCUUCUAGCCGGGCUGGGGUGGGGGGAGGGGCCGGGCUGAGGCGGCGGCGGCGGUAGCUCGCUCCCGGAGGGCAGAGCCGGCAAGGGCGGGACUGGCCUGCUGCGGGCGGACGAGGGAGCCGCGGAGCUAACGGGUCCGGACGCCGCCAGCGGCGGCAGCUUUCUGCACGGGCGGAGGCGGCGGCAGGAGCGGCGAGCAUGGCCCGCGCGGCGCCCGGCGCUGACUGAGGGUCAUGCUGUGGCAGCCUGGCGCCUGACGAGUGAGGGGGAACCUGCCAGGGGAUUACUGCGAGCACGAGCUACCAGCAGGAGGACAGCAGGCCUCAGGGGAGUGGGGAUGGGCAGAGCAGCCUGCCUGCGAGGCUGGGCCAGUGGCACCAAGGACGGCUGGGCCCUGACAGGGAGCUCGGCACAUGCUCAGCUGACCCAGAUGGCAUUCGAAGCAGGUCCCUGCUGAGCAGCCGCUGUGCCCAGGCCCCAGAGGACCUCACAGCAGGAGCCAGAGCUCUGCGAACCCCCCUGCAACCACAUUUGGGGCUGUGACCAUCGGGAGAAGGGACCAGCACCUCGAAUGGGAAGCGGAAGGGCAGAACCUAGUGCAGGGAGGAUCUUGGUCUCUGCAGCAGAGUUUUCGGACACCCACAGAGCUUCUUGGGUCUCUUCUCUCAGGACUGGGGCCUUGUUCCCUCCUCUGGUGGAGGGGUUGGACCAGGAGGGCCAACCGAGGUGGGGACGACUCUCGGAUGGAAUCCAGGCCACUUGAAGCCCAUGUGCUCUCUGCUGUGAUUGGGGUUCGAGGGCUUCCCCACUGCAGGGGACGAGGGGCCGCCUCCGUGUCUGCUCAUGAACCACAAGGACCCCGAAUGCUCCAGACUGGACCAUUUCGAGCCGCCAAAGAGGGGGGCCCCCAGAGCUGGCAGCCAGCAACCCCAAGGGACUAGAGGGCUGGGAUGGACUGACCUCCCCCUCGCCAGGGCAGUGGGAGAGUCAGAGCCUCUGUGGCCCAGCUAGUGACAGAGAGACCCGAUGAAGCCAUAAGCCGGCACCCGAGUGGCUCAGGGACAGGGGAGCCACUGCAGCCUACUGUGCUUCCUCCUUACGUUGAGGGAGGGUGUGGUAAGGGACCCCUGCCUCUGUCCCCUCCUCAGCACGUGUCCCUAUGCCCUUUGCACGUGGUGCCAGAAGAAGCAGGCUGCGCUGUGGCUGGCCCGUCCGUGGGCUGGGAAAGGAGUGGCCACGGUGACACCCACCCGCCCGCCAGGCUGGUGGUCUAGCCCCCUCGGGGCGCCAAACCAUGAAGUGCUCCCUGCGGGUGUGGUUCCUCUCCGUGGCCUUCCUGCUGGUGUUCAUCAUGUCACUGCUCUUCACCUACUCCCACCACAGCAUGGCCACCUUGCCCUACCUGGACUCCGGGGCCCUGGGCGGGACCCACCGGGUGAAGCUGGUGCCUGGCUAUGCUGGCCUGCAGCGCCUCAGCAAGGAGGGGCUCACCGGCAAGAGCUGUGCCUGUCGCCGCUGCAUGGGUGACGCUGGCGCCUCCGACUGGUUUGAUAGCCACUUCAACAGCAACAUUUCCCCCGUGUGGACCCGAGAGAACAUGGAUCUGCCUCCAGAUGUCCAGAGGUGGUGGAUGAUGCUGCAGCCCCAGUUCAAGUCACACAACACCAAUGAGGUGCUGGAGAAGCUGUUCCAGAUAGUACCAGGCGAGAACCCAUACCGUUUCCGGGACCCCCACCAGUGCCGGCGCUGUGCAGUGGUGGGGAACUCAGGCAACCUGCGGGGCUCUGGCUACGGUCCAGAUGUGGAUGGGCACAACUUCAUCAUGAGGAUGAAUCAGGCGCCAACCGUGGGCUUUGAGCAGGAUGUUGGCAGCCGAACCACCCACCAUUUCAUGUACCCAGAGAGUGCCAAGAACCUGCCCGCCAACGUCAGCUUCGUGUUGGUGCCCUUCAAAGCCCUGGACCUACUAUGGAUUGCCAGCGCUUUGUCCACAGGGCAGAUCCGAUUCACCUAUGCGCCAGUGAAGUCCUUCCUUCGAGUGGACAAAGAAAAGGUUCAGAUCUAUAACCCAGCCUUCUUCAAGUACAUCCACGACCGGUGGACAGAGCAUCACGGGCGGUACCCUUCCACAGGGAUGUUGGUGCUCUUCUUUGCCCUGCAUGUGUGUGAUGAGGUGAACGUGUACGGGUUCGGGGCCGACAGCCGGGGCAACUGGCACCACUACUGGGAGAAUAACCGGUACGCGGGCGAGUUCCGGAAGACGGGAGUGCACGACGCCGACUUCGAGGCCCACAUCAUCGACAUGCUGGCCAAGGCCAGCAAGAUCGAGGUCUACCGAGGCAACUGAGCCCAGCCUCGCCGCGACCCUUCCGGCCCAGCCGCGAGGCGGCGGCGCGCGCUCCCAGCCGGGACUCCGGGCCAGCCCGAGGGCGGCGGCCUCGGCGAGGGCGCGGCGCCCCGUUGGGCGUCUCCAGGCCUUGGGAGCGACGCCAGGCCGCGGUCUGGACCAAUCAUGCUGCAACUCCAGCGAGCGCCGGCUGUCCCCCGCCAAUCAAGAGACUCUGGGGGCUGGCCCGGGCCUGGUACCCAAUCAGCGCUGCAGUCGGAGCGGAGACUCUUUCUCCCAACCAAUCAUGCGACUCAAGGAGAACUUCCGGCGCCGGGCCCCAUCUCCUCCAAUCAAUGGCCUUCGGAGGCGGGCCGGCGGCCGCUGAAUCCCCACUCCCCUCUGCUUUGGGUAGGAUUUUAUUUCAUGCUUUUUAAGGAGUAGUGUUGUUGGUUCCGGCCUCAGUGAAGUACUUUCCUCAGGCUCUGCAGGAGGAGUGUCAGUCGCCUGUCGGCCUUACUCGGCCGGGGGCACCGAGGAGGAAACGGUGGGGAAGGUGCGGGGCAGCGCGGCUGGGCUUUCCUUUGCCGGGGCGGGGGGGGGGGGGGGUCCCUCGUGACCUCGGGGUGGGCGGAGGGGCGUUGGCCUUCGUUUGUGGUGGUCUAGGGGAGAUCAGGUGGUUUCCAGGGAGCGCGCUUUCAUCCCAGGGUAAAAGCUAGAGCCCUCUCAGACCUCUUCAGGCCUCAAGAGAAUUUUGGACCCCGUAUUUCCUUUACGUGUCAGGCCCAGAUGGGUGAGUGUAAACCCACCAAAGAAAUGCAGUGACGUGUGGGUCCCCUUAUCCUCUCUUCUCCCCAUCCCCACCUUUGGCCACCCUAUGGAAUGGCCUUUCUGACCAGGGCAUUGAGCAUCUCACCAGAAAACUAGAACUGUAUCCAGCCCCUUGCUAGGGGGCGGAAUUCGCCCGGGGCCUAACUCUGGAACAGGUGUAAGGAACAAGGCAGGGGACAAGGAAGCUCCGUCACUUGAGAUGUAAGGUGCUUCUCACUCUCGUGUACUCUCGGCCCCUUACUGUUCACGCACAACUUUUUUUAGUGUUUCCCCCUUGGCCCUGGGCCUCCUCACCAGCCUAUGUGUCCUGGGAGAAAAAAAAAAAUCAAAACUUGCCCUGGGAUGGGGCGGGGGGUGGGGGGCAGUGCUGCUUCUCCACCCCUACCCCCACUCACGCGUCUUUGGCCGGCUCUAGGGAGAGAAAGCAACACGUGGGAAAGAAGCCUGGAGAUGGGGAGCCUAGCUGCCUGGUGCAUGCACCUUUUUCCUUCACCCAUCACCCCAAAGAGGAGUAGGAAACCUCUUGCUUGGGGGUGAAAUUUGCUUUGGUCUCCUAAUUUAAUUAACUUGAGGUUACCAGGGAUGGCUGACCAACAAAGAUUCUUUUAAAAUUCUAAGCUGGCCAUGCAAAUAGCUGGGAUCCUAGCUGGGGAGGAGUAGACUUGCCCACCUGCAUGCCUCCUCUCCUGCCCAUGCAUCCCCUCCCCCAUGCUCACUUCCUACCUCCUCGCUCUAACCCAUUUUCCAUUUCCAGCUCUAGAAGGGCAGGGAUGCUAACAAACAGGGGUUACAACUGGAAGUUACUUGCAUGACUGAACCCAGCUUACGUCUCUAGAGGAAGCUGCUGAUGGUAUUCUCACCCUUUGAGGUUGAGGAAGUUUCGGAGGGGGGGAAGGGCUUCUGUGAAGCUUCCAAACCACUAAUAGGAUCCCCCUUCCCAACAGUGAGGUACACAAAUACCACCCUUUAUCUUAGUGAGUUGAUACCACCAAGCAGCCUCCUGGCCAUUGGUGUAGUUCCUGCAGCUGGCUGGGGGAACAGUAACGCAGGGGAGUAUAUUAGAGGAGGAUUGGGGCAGGGCAUGGGCACGCCAAAAGUUAAUAUAUUGAGAACUUAGCUUGAGUCUGUUCCUUCCCAAUUCCAAAAGUAGGAGUAAAGAGUGGGGGUGGAUUUGGGGGGGCAUAUAGUGGAAUGCCUCUCUCAGGUCUCCCCCACCAUUUUAGAAAGUCAAGGCACCAGCCAUUCUUGCCAGUCUCAUCUCAGUGCUUCCUGAAGAGGCUGUUCGGAGUGUUUAGAAGAUGAAAAAACAAUGCAAUUAUGCCAAACAGUAUUGAGCAGAAUAAUUUAUUUUCUUUUGUUCCUUUUUCUUCUUUUUGUUUUGUUUUGUUUAAAACAUUAAUAAAUCCCCUUUCUGGAAGAGGUAGGUCCCAGCAUCCAGCCCAGAUCUCCUUUUCUGCAAUAGUUAUUUAAACAAAUGUUUUUUAUUUUCUUCCCUUUCUCUCUCUUUCUGAAUUAAAAAGAACAAAAAAACUA